GCGAGCGCCCUGCGUCGGCGCCGGCGACGUGCGUGCGUGCGGCGCAAGGCGCCGGGCGAGGAGGCGGGCCUUCCGGUCCUUGGCAAAACCAUUUCCGGCGGGAGCCGGAAGGCCGUCCCGGAUGGCGUCGGGGGCGAUCUGUGCGUGGAGCUGAGUCCUGGAGCUGUCGGCCUUCCCGCGCGCGCUGGUCGCCUCAUGCUGCGGGCCGCGGCCGCCAGCCCCUGCUCGGAUCGGCGGCGCUAAGGCGCCGGGGCAGCGCGCGACAUGUCGUCGGGCCUCCGCGCCGCCGACUUCCCCCGCUGGAAGCGCCACAUCUCGGAGGAGCUGAGGCGGCGGGACCGGCUGCAGAGGCAGGCGUUCGAAGAGAUCAUCCUGCAGUAUAACAAGUUGCUGGAAAAGUCAGAUCUUCAUUCAGUGCUGGCCCAUAAGCUACAAGCUGAAAAGCAUGACAUACCGAACAGGCAUGAGAUAAGUCCUGGACAUGACGGUGCAUGGAAUGAUAGUCAGCUACAAGAAAUGGCCCAGCUGAGGAUUAAACACCAAGAAGAACUGACUGAAUUACACAAGAAACGUGGAGAGUUAGCUCAGUUGGUGAUUGACCUGAAUAACCAAAUGCAGCAGAAGGACAGGGAGAUGCAGAUGAAUGAAGCAAAAAUUGCAGAAUGCUUGCAGACCAUCUCUGAGCUGGAGACAGAGUGCCAAGAGCUGCGCAGUAAGCUGCAGGACCUUGAAAGAGCCAACCAGACCCUGAAGGAUGAAUACGACGCGCUGCAGAUCACUUUCACGGCCUUGGAGGAGAAGCUGAGGAGAACCACUGAUGAGAACCAGGAGCUGGUCACCAGGUGGAUGGCCGAGAAAGCCCAGGAAGCCAACCGCCUAAAUGCAGAGAAUGAGAAGGAUUCGAGGAGGCGCCAAGCCCGCCUGCAGAAAGAGCUUGCAGAAGCAGCAAAGGAACCUCUACCAGUUGAACAGGAUGAUGACAUUGAAGUCAUUGUGGAUGAAACCUCUGAUCACACUGAGGAGACUUCUCCCGUGCGAGCCAUCAGCAGAGCGGCCACUAAGCGACUCUCGCAGCCUGCUGGAGGCCUUCUGGAUUCUAUCACUAAUAUCUUUGGGAGGCGCUCUGUCUCUUCCUUUCCAGUUCCCCAGGAUAAUGUGGAUACUCACCCUGCUUCUAGUAAAGAAGUGAGGGUGCCAACGACUGCGUCCUGCGUCUUUGAUGCUCAUGACGGGGAAGUCAACGCUGUGCAGUUCAGUCCAGGGUCCCGGCUGCUGGCCACAGGAGGCAUGGAUCGGAGGGUUAAGCUUUGGGAAGUGUCCGGAGACAAAUGUGAGUUCAAGGGUUCCCUCUCCGGCAGUAACGCAGGAAUUACAAGCAUUGAAUUUGAUAGUGCUGGAUCUUACCUCUUAGCAGCUUCAAAUGAUUUUGCCAGCCGAAUAUGGACUGUGGAUGAUUAUCGGUUGCGGCACACCCUCACCGGACACAGUGGCAAAGUGCUGUCAGCCAAGUUCCUGCUGGACAAUGCGCGUAUUGUUUCUGGAAGUCAUGACCGGACCCUCAAACUCUGGGAUCUACGCAGCAAAGUCUGCAUAAAGACAGUGUUUGCGGGAUCUAGCUGCAAUGAUAUUGUCUGCACAGAGCAGUGUGUCAUGAGUGGACAUUUCGACAAGAAAAUUCGUUUCUGGGACAUCCGAUCAGAGAGCAUCGUCCGAGAGAUGGAGCUGUUGGGGAAGAUUACUGCCCUGGACUUAAACCCAGAAAGAACUGAACUCCUAAGCUGCUCCCGUGAUGACCUGCUCAAAAUCAUUGAUCUACGGAUAAAUGCUGUCAGGCAGACCUUUAGUGCACCUGGGUUCAAGUGCGGCUCCGACUGGACGAGAGUUGUGUUCAGCCCUGAUGGCAGUUACGUGGCAGCAGGCUCGGCCGACGGCUCUCUCUACAUCUGGAGUGUGCUCUCAGGGAAAGUGGAGAAGGUCCUUUCAAAGCAGCAUGGCUCGUCAAUCAAUGCGGUGGCAUGGUCCCCCUCUGGCUCCCACGUCAUCAGUGUGGACAAAGGAAGCAGAGCUGUGCUGUGGUCAGAAUAUUGACGGCACCUCCUCAGGAGAGAGCGGAUCCAAAGCCAGAGAAGCACACGGGCCGCCACAGCUCUGUCCUGGCGGGGGGUGUGUUGGGUGUAGCUUUGAUCUCCAGAGAAGAGCUCGAGCCGUGCGGCGUGAUGGCCUUCCUUUGAACAGGAUUUCUGAGGAUUUUGGCUGAGGUCUCUCAUGGCCUGAAAGAAUAACACUGAAAAAAAUCUGACACUGCAGUCACUUAGCAGAGGUUCAGGUUCUUGCCUUGGUUCGGGUGGGAAACACUACUGGCUCUGAUCUUCCAUACCUCACUGGGGGAGCACAGGCACCGCUGGUUUCCUCGCUGGACGGCAGUGCCAAACACCCCACACGUCUAGGUGUCGGUGCUCCCUCCAUGCUUCCUCCCAUCCUUCCAAAGUCGUUUCUGGCCUAAUGCAUGUCCUGUCACCGUGGGGUCAUUUUCCCCUGAACUUGCUUUAAUCAUUGGAUUAACAGAAACCCAGACAGGAUUACUCCUGCCCUCAGGUAGUCUACAGGGGCUGCCCUGAUUUCUGAGGAGACGUGGGCCUGUGGUUGGCCUGCUGGUCUGCAUCGUUAUUAC